AUGGCCGGCUCGCAGCUCAAAAGGCUCAAGUCCUCCCUCAAGGAGCAGGGGAUCAUCGGACCGCAAAAGUCCAAAAAGCAAAAGCGCCAGAUUGCACAGGAGGAGAAAGCGAAGAAUGACAAGCGUCUGCAGAAGAGUGCGGCCCUGGGGCAAAUCAGAGAGCAAUUCAAUCCGUUUGACCUCAAGCACAACCCAAGAGGACCCAAGUUCGAUGUCACAAGCAACAGACCUCCCGCGGGAGCCGCUGCAAAGGGAGUUAGCGGUCGUCCUGGAGUAGCAAAGUCCAUUGGCGAGCAGAGGCGCCGAGAGACUUUGCUCGUCGAGAUGCAGAAGCGAAACAAGGUCGGAGGAAUACUCGAUCGUCGAUUCGGUGAAAACGACCCAGCAAUGGCCGAGGAGGAAAAGAUGAUUGAACGUUUCGCCCGGGAGAAGCAAAGGUCACACAAGAAGACUUCUCUUUUCGAUCUUGAGGAGGCCGAGCCACUCACAGAACUGACCCACAUGGGUCAAUCGAUCAAUCUGGACGACUCAGCACUCGCAGACGACUUUGACGAAGACGACCUCAACGGCUUCGAGAGCGAUGAUUCGGAUAUGCUGGCAAAGAGAAUGAAGCGCGCUCGUGCCGGUGAAUUGGGAGACGAGGAUGCCGGCGACGACCAACCCGAGAGGAAAAAGUCAAAGAAGGAAGUCAUGGAGGAAGUUAUUGCGAAAUCGAAAGCGUACAAGUAUGAGCGUCAGGUUGCAAAGGACGAAGACGAAGAUCUGCGUUUGCAGCUGGACAAGGAGUUGCCAAACCUUCAGGCUCUCCUGUUUGCCGGCGGCAAAAAUGAUACUGCGAAGUCGGAUAACUCAGGGAGGUUGAUUGCUGGCGUUGAUAGGGCUACCUUCGACAAGGAUUUUGACUUGCGCCUCAAGAAGCUCGUCCAGGAUCGCAGAGCUGCGCCCGCCGAGCGAACAAAGACCGACGAAGAGAAGGCGGAAGAGGAAUCCAAGAGGCUCAAGGAGCUUGAGGAGAAGCGUUUGAAGCGAAUGAACGGAGAGCCCGUCUCUAGUGAUGAAGAAGAUGAAGAUGAAGAAAUGGAAGACGAUCCUGCUGGGCAGCCAGAUUUCGAGUUUAUCACCGAAGAGGAGGACGAGGACUUUGGCCUUGGUAAGGGAAUCAAGACUCGUCCAACCGCAACCGAACUCGGCUUCGACGAUGAGGACGACUUUAUCAUCGACGACGACCUGGUUGCCAGUGGCUCGGAUCUCGAACCCGUCAGCGAAGAGGAAGAAGAAUCUGACGAGGAGAGUGACGGAGAGGGAGAGGCCGAGGAUGACGAAGACGACGAAUUUACCAAGGGCCUGCUCAAUGAAGAAGAAGCCAAGAGCUCAAUCUUUACAAGUGCGCCUACAGGCGACAUGAUGGCUGUGGAUGGCGAAUUGCCAUUCACGUUUCCAUGCCCGCAAAGCUACGAUGAGCUGCAGGCUCUUGUGCAGAAAUACCCCAGCGACAAGAUGCCUACCAUCGUGCAGCGCAUCAGAGCUCUUUACCAUCCAAAGCUGGACAGCAGGCACAAGGAGAAGCUUGGAAACUUUGCCAAAGCACUUGUCGAUCUGGUCGCCAGCGAUCGCAGUGAUGGUAGCCCGUCUUUCCAAGCAGUGGAGAGUGUCGUUCGACACAUCCACUCAUUAGCCAAGAUGUUCCCCAUCGAGAUUGCCGUGCAGUACCGGUCUCAUCUCGAGACAAUCAGCCAAAAACGUCCUCUUGCUCUGCAUAUGGGAGACUUGACAUUACUAGCCGCGAUUGGGUCGACAUUCCCAACUUCAGAUCACUUCCACCAAGUCACGACACCUGCAAUGCUCACUAUCGGGCGCUACCUUGGCGGCAAGAUCCCGCAGACCCUCAACGACUACGCUAUUGGCACCUACCUCUCGACCUUGGCCGUGCAGUACCAGCAGUAUUCCAAGCGUUACGUCCCCGAGGUCAUGAGCUACUGCCUCAACACCCUUUCCGCCCUGGCUCCCACAGCCCCUCCGGCCACGGGAAGCUUCCCUAUUCACCAGCCUGCGGACGGUAUUCGCCUAGCAAAUGCGAAGAAGAUUGAGCUCCGUCAGCUCUCUCCAAAGGAUUGUUCCGCCACUGGUGUAUCCGGCAAGGAGGCUGAGUCUACGAAAGCCGCUUUGUUAAGCACCACUGUCCAGCUCCUGGGUGCCGCCGCUGACACAUGGACUGGCAAGUCGGCUUUCUACGAGACCUUCCAGCCUGCCCUGAACCUCGUCGCGCAUCUAAACAGCAAGGCCUGCCGUUCCAAGUUCCCCGAGGCCCUCGGCGAGCAAGUGGAGAAGUCCAAGGUCAAGCUGGACCGCAUGCUUAAGAUCGCUCAGCUCUCCCGUCGCCCGCUCGAGCUACACCACCACAAACCCCUUGCCAUCAAGACCUUUAUUCCCAAGUUCGAGGACUCCUUCGAUCCGAACAAGCACUACGACCCCGACCGCGAGCGCGCCGAGAUGGCCAAGCUCAAGGCGGAGCACAAGAAGGAGCGCAAGGGCGCCAUGCGCGAGCUGCGCAAGGACGCCCAGUUCAUGGCCCGCGAGAAUCUCCGCGUCAAGAAGGCCAAGGACGAGGCAUACGAGAAGAAGUACAAGAGGCUCGUGGCGGAGAUCCAGAACGAGGAGGGCAGAGAGUCCAAUGCUUACGAGAGGGAGAAGGCGGGCAGGAAGAGGGCGAGACACAGGUAG